CGUCAAUCCGGGCUCCGUCGUAAAGCCAGUUUAGUAGCCGAAAGGUACCAAGAUGGCGGAGGCUUCCUUGGGAAGUACAAGCCCAGUUGGCUCUUUGUCAUCGGAAGAUCACGAUUUUGACCCGACGGCAGAAAUGUUGGUGCACGAUUUCGAUGAUGAGCGUACGUUAGAGGAAGAGGAGAUGAGGGAAGGCGAGUCAAGCCGGAGCUCGGAGAUCGAUGAUCUGGAGAAGGAGGGGAGCAUGCCGCUGGAAGAACUGCUAGCGUUGUACAGAUAUGAAGCUGCAGACAGCGCUGUCGAGGACAGUUCAUCUGUAGAGCUGACCGAUGAACUGCCCGACAUGACGUUAGAUAAAGAGGAAAUCGCUAAAGAUCUGCUCUCUGGAGACGAUGAAGAAACGCAAUCCUCUGCCGAUGACCUCACACCGUCUGUGACAUCACACGAAACCAAUGAUUUCUUCCCCAGGACUCUUCGCUCGAAUGCGGUUUACGAUGGAGACAAAGAAUCUGAGGGUGAGGAUGAUGGUUUGAGUCCUGAAGACUCUCGUAAGGAGAUCAUGGUGGGAUCUGCAUAUCAGGCAGAAAUUCCUCCUCUCACGUGUUAUAGUGAUCAUGAAAAUGUGUAUGCAGAGGAAGAUCAGCUGCUUUGGCAGCCAGAUAUCUUACCCGAGUCGAAAGUCAAAAGCUUCUUGCAGGACGCUCUGAGUGCGGAUGGAAAGAUGGACGGAGAUGCCAGAUGUUCUCUGGUCAAAGACAACGAGCAGGCUUUAUAUGAGCUUUUAAAGUGCAACUAUAACGUCCAGGAAGCUCUUGAACGGUAUCGCAGCAACCUCAAAUCCUCGAAGGACGAGAUGCUCCCGUGGUCUGAAGAAGAGUGUAGAAAUUUUGAACACGCUCUUCUGUUGUACGAGAAGAACUUCCACCUCAUCCAGAAACACAAAGUGAACACACGAACGGUGGCAGAAUGUGUUGCGUUUUACUACAUGUGGAAGAAGUCCGAGCGAUUCGAAUUUUUCGUCCAGCAAAACCGAUUCGGGAAGAAGAAGUUCAACAGUUAUCCUGGCGUCACGGAUCUGAUGGACCGGUUGGUGGAUGAGGCCGAGGGUUUGGUGGAUGGAUCUGCAUCUGUGUGCUCCAACGGCAGGAUCGAGUCUGCAACCGAACAACAGCUCAACCUGCUCAACUCCAUCACAGCCAGUGACCUCUCCGCGUUGACGAGCACAGUGGCGUCGGUGUGUAACCCCGCAGACGUCAGCUGUCUAGACUCCUACAGCUUCUCCUCGCUGGACGGGCUUCACCGCGGGCCCCUGAGCCACGAAGAGCCGCUCAACUACUCCAGCGACGGAGACGGAGACUGCCUCAACCUGAUGGAAACGGGCUUCUACCACUCGGAGCUCGGGCAGAUCAGUGUGUGCGGCGAGGACUGUGAGCGGCCCCCGGCCAAGCGGAUGAAGAUGGGCCUGUCGGAGCCCUUCAUAAAUGACAGCAGGAGCUUGGCUGUGGAUUUCGAGGGCCGCACGCACCACAUCACAAGUGCCAAAAUGGCGGUAUCGGUCAGUGACUUCGGCGAGGCGGGCAGCUUCAUGGGAGCACACACACUACAUCAGCACACACCGCUGCAGUCGGAGUAACACGAGUGUGACGACGCUCACGGGACUAGCUGCAAUCCAACAUGUACAUAGCCGCAUAUUCCUUCAAAUAUUUGCUUUAUUUUGGUUUCUGAUUAUAUACGUGUGGGUGUAUAUAUGUACAGAGUCUUUUUCUUUGUUUACUAUGACAUCAGUGAUGUCUAAUUGUACAGACUUAAAUCUUGAUUUCUCAAGAGCUAAUACAGCCAUUUAUUUUCCAGUCUUGAAUUCUUUGGAAGUGUCAUAAACGUGUCCGGAUACUGUGGAAAACUUGCAUACUUUGAGCCGAGGGCCACGUCGAUUGGCUGUCAGCUCAGCCUCUCCUCUGUGGUUCCCAUCAGUGUUUACAGGCGCCUCGGCUCAGCCUUCGUCUGAACCGCAUUUACGACCUCUUCUACGUUUCGUAACGCACCAUUUUGAGCACAAGAACCCGGAAGAAGUUGACAGACUGCAAAAACAAACCUGCGAACAAUUGAAAGUGGUUCAUGCAAAUUUAUAUAUAUUGACUCUAAAUACAAGAGGUAUUAUGACGUGUGUGUGAUUUAAAAAAAAAAAAAAAAUUCUACUUCUACGCAUAUUUAUUUAGCAGUCGGUGUUUGGCGUAUUUAUUGCAAAUAUAGACCACUGGACUGCAUCAUGCUUGUUUUUGUUUUCAGAAAUGAUUUGUCUGUUGUUGUUUUGUGUGUGUUUCGAUAUUUGGAGAUCACUAUUUAUUGAAAAACCAUUUUGCAGGGAUUUCUCGCCAUGGGAGCAGAAGCGGCCCGCAGUUUUACCCCUCUGUUCCCUUCAGUGACUGAUUAUGCAACGUUGUAAAUGAUUUUUCUGGCACGGUGUUUGUUUGCUGCAAUCACUGACAUGACGUUCAUCUAUGCAUCAAGAAUGAUUUACAGAUGAAAUGGAUCAUUUCGGACCUCGUUUGCUCGUAUUCUUUUUUCAGCUUUCCCGAGUUUUACUUUACACUCUCUCGUAUGGCAAUAAUUUGUAAAUAUGUAGAUACCUGAACAUACCUUCCUGUUUUUUUUUCUUCCUCUGCAAACAGACUUGAACAUGAAGACUUGCUUUUGAAUCUGCGUAUGCCACAAGAAUGCCUUCUCGACUUCCUUUACCGUCCGUUUUGAUGCUUUUCCUCAUAAGAGAUUUACUUAAGAAGAAUUUAUUUAUUUAUUUAUUCACUCAGCUGCAGGUGAGUGUAGUGUG